AUGACAUUUGAACCUGCGGGCAUGGAGGCUGAUUUAAACACCGAAAGUGCGCCUUCGCCUCGAUGCUCCUUCAACAUUGCAUAUGUUGUUAAACGUGCACAUGCACAUCACGGGUUGAGACAUGAUGAUUACAAUAGGUAUCGCUUGUACUGUUCACGUAGAAUACAUAGAUUGAGAAAGGUGCUCAAUUUGACCCACGGGAAGAAAAAGUUCAGCAAACGCGACAUAACAGACACUGACCUAACAUCGGGGCAAGGCAGAGAAAACGUGCUGCAG